AUGUCUGGACCACCUGGAUACCCACCCCAAUGGGGCCAGCAACAGGGCUACUACAACACAGGGCAGCCGCAAGGCCAGAAUGCACAUCCAUACGCCCAAGGCUUCCAAUUUCCGGCACAAGCCCCACAAGGAAACCCUUACGAAGCACAAACACCAUCAAUUUUCCAGCAUGCGGGACCAGCUCCAAAUCCAAUGGCUCAUCCAAACGUACAAGGCUUCCAGUUCCCGGCACAAACCGCACAAAGCUACCAGUACAGUAGCCCAGCAGCUCAGACGCCUCAGUACUCAGCACAACAGCCAAGUCCGCAGUCGCAUGCCCGCAAUAGGCAUACGGCUAUGGGGGGUGGGCAACCAGUCUUCGUGGCUCCGCAACAAGGGUAUCAGGCGAUGGUGCAGGGGCAGGGACAGGGUGCGGCAACUGGAGCAGCUACGAGACUUGAUCCUAGGUUUCCUGGUUAUCCACCUGUACCUCAGAUUUCGCCGCAGUGGAGGCAGUGA